AUGGCCCACGGUAUUGUUGGGCACGACCGCGCCCGACGAAGGUCAACCUCCACCGACCUCCAGGUUCUUGACGAAUCGCUAGUCACUGCACUCAUCAACGCCUACCGAAUGUGGAGAGGAGUACUCCUACUUUGGGAGAAUGUGGUGGCUUGUGCAAGAGCUUCCCGUAUGGGUUGUCUCCCGCCUGGCUGCGAGUGCAUUUUCACUGCAACCAUAGUGCGGUUUGAGGUCCUCCGGAAAGUAGCUGUGAGCAGGACGUUCUCCGUCUAUGUCUGCUGCAGCGUCAUCUCUUCAAAUUUGUCUUCGUUCGCCCUCAUCAAAGUCGCUGGCGGUCUGCUCUCUCUGCCAGUUUUGAUCGUCGUGGGAAGCAAUGCUGGCCGUGUCGUAAUCGUCCGUGGUGAUCUCGGAGAUGUCAUACUGGGAGUCGGCGAAUGA